UCUUAACAUACGCAAGUGCUUAAAUAAUUUACUAUAAUGACGCAUAAUCCAAAUGUAAAUCAACUGGGAGUGCCUAAUGAGAAAAUCAUGAGUCUAACGCUAGAUGAGUAUUACGAGCGUUAUGUGGCGCCCAAGCUGCUGAGCCCGGAUGAGUUGCAACAGCAGCAGCAUAAGGAUACGCAGUAUAAGCGAACGCAUUACUUUGGCUCCAGCUAUUUGGACCAGUGCAAGCCAAAGCCGGGCGUAGUGCUCAAGCGUUGCAGGGCUAAGAUGUCACCUGAGGAGUCCAAGCUGUUGCAACUUAAUGUGAAGGACGAAAAUACACAAAUGACAGAGCCACAGCAAGAACAACAGUAAAUGUAAUUUGAGACGCUUUGCCAGCAAUAAAAGCUUUCCACUAAUAAGAAUUGAAGUACAGCUCUAAAGCAGCGCUUUUUUAUGCGUUGAUAAUGUGAUAACAACUUUUAAGUGAGCUACAAAGAAUCUUCAAUUUACAGUUGACGGCUUACACUUGAAGAAAUAGCGUUUGCAAUUAAAAAAAAAAGCAUAGAAAAUGUUUGAUGAACGCUUGUGGACAAAACUAUUGUAGGAUCGUUAACUAGAACUUUAUUCAUACGCAUUUAGUUUCAUUUGUUUUGAAACUUUAGAGUAAAUCACAUCAUUUUAUAUACAGCUUGCUAUAAUGAAAGAUGAUUUCGAAAAUUAAAAAGCAAAUUAAUAUGUGUGUCCCCAUCAGCCAAACACUUAUAAAUUGCA